AUGAAGGGAUACUUGUCUUUAGGCCUAGCCACCUCGCUGGUGGCAUCGGGCACGUCUGCACAGAGUGCCUCGAGUGUUGGAAUCUCGUCAAGUGCAGCAGCGGCGACUGUUACGAGUCCCUCUGCUGCACCACCCUUAUUCCCGGGUGAAUCGGUCCAACUGACCGAUGAUGUCUUGACUAAGGCUACUACCGCCCUGAACAAUGAGACUCUGUCGAGGACGUUUAGUUUCGGGGUGUCCAACACGACUAGCGUCAACGGAACUCGCGGCCAUGUUUGCAAGGUCAUGCCAGGCGAUGCGGCGUGGCCUACUGAAUCUACCUGGGAAGUUUUCGAUCAGUUGCUCGGUGGAAGUCUGAUCAAGCCUGUGCCUUUGGCAGCCUACUGCUACCCAGACUGGCCGGAGUAUGAUGUGGAAAAGUGCUCUGAGGUAGUAUCAGAUUGGCUUGAUUCUUAUCUGCAGGAAGUUGAUCACUACGAUGACCCUACCUCUAUCAUGCUACCCCUGUAUGAGGGCCGCUCAUGCAUGCCCACUGGGUACAAUUACACCAGUACAUGUACGCAGGGUGCGUACCCAACGUACGUUGUCAAUGUGUCCACCGUUGCCGAGAUUCAGCUGGCCGUGAAUUUUGCCCGCAACCAAAACCUUCGCCUGGUGGUCAAGAACACUGGUCAUGAUUUCAACGGGAAGUCGUCUGGUAAAGGAGCUCUGUCCAUCUGGACACACUGGUUCAAGGACAAGGCAUUUUACCCUGUAUUCAAGGCUGACAAUGGCUAUUCUGGGCCCGCCAUGAAGCUCGGUACCGGUAUUCAAGCCUGGGAAGCGUAUGAGUUCGCAAAAGUUUCCAAUGUGACCGUCAUCGGAGGUGAAGGUGCUACCGUUGGUGUUGCUGGUGGCUACACAUUUGGCGGAGGGCAUUCGCCACUAAGCAGCAUGUAUGGCAUGGCAGCAGAUCAGGUCUUGGCGAUGGAAGUUGUUUUGGCUGAUGGUCGCUUUGUCACUGCAACUUCCAAGCAGAACUCGGAUAUUUUCUGGAUGCUUCGUGGUGGUGGAGGCAGCACAAUCGGUGUUGUGACGUCUCUGACGAUCAAGGUAUAUCCGAAACUUCCCACGACAACAGUAACUUUCAAUUGGACGAUAAGUGACACGCCCAAUGCAGAUGCGUUCUGGGCAUCUUUUCGGUCCUAUCUGGACAACCUUGAGGCCUUUGUCGAUGCCGGAACAUACGGAUACUAUUAUCUGGGUGCUUCUUCUCUCGAGAUGGGGACAGCCUAUGCUGGCGACACUGACUAUUAUUUCCGCAUGGACCUAAACGUCAGCUAUACUCCGUGGUACAACCACGCGGAUAACUUCCACGACGUCUGGAAGGUCGCUUUCCCUCUAGAGGCUGGGGGAUCAGACGUGGUCAAGACGGAUUCGCGUCUGCUGCCUCGGAAGGUAUUCCGCAGCCAGGACCUCCGGCACCGGAACUUCCUUGCCCAGAAAGAUGCCAUCGAGAAGGGGCUGUUCAUUGCAGGCUUCCACAUCAGUGGCACAGGCAUCGCUGUCGAGCCGCCGACCGACAACGCUGUCUUGCCAGCCUGGCGUGACGCUCUUCCUCACGUCAUCGUCGGAUCCGAAUGGAACUUUACCUCCAGCUGGGGGACCGUCCAUAAUUCGUCCCUCUUUGUGACGAACUGGAUGAAUGCCCUGCGGGAAAUCUCCCCCGACUCUGGUGCAUAUAUGAGCGAAGCUGACUUGCUGGAGCCUAAUCUCCAGGAGGCCUUUUAUGGGGCCAACUACCCCCGCCUUUAUGAACUGAAGCAGAAGUACGACCCGACUGGGUUGUUCUUUGCUCUUACUGUUGUGGGAGCUGAGGACUGGGAGGUCCAAGUCACCGACCCGUUGCCUUAUUCGUGGAAUAACAAUGGGCGGUUGUGUCCGAAAUCUUCCUGAGAGAAAUGAGGUCAGUGCACAGAGCCCGUGUAUAUAGAUGUCGAAUACAUCGGAAUUGUUGAAGUCACGGCUUCAAUGAGCCAUUCCUCAACCAAGACAAAGUAGAGUACAUCUUGGGUGUGUUAACAAGGAAUGAGUAGACCAAAUAGAAACCGAAACAAAGCAAAAC